AAAAAUAAGCUCAAAAAUCCCAAUUGGACAACAGGAUGUGGUCUCGGACCGGGGUCUUUCUGGUUUAUGCUGAUUUUCCGGUCUAAUUAAUAAUUAAACCACUCAAAGCGGUUCAAUCUUAUUUUCGUGCUGGGAGACCGACUGGAACAUUUCUCAAACCCAUAGAAAAUCUCACAAAUCGCCAAUCUCUUUUAUUUCUAUUUCUCUUUGCUCUUCGCAAUCGCCGUCGCCACCGCAAACUACCGCCGGUCAACCAAACCCCAAAACCGACAAAAUUUCUUUGAAAAUGGUGAGCCCAGUUGCUGCUCGAAGAAGUGGUGGCCUUCUUGAAGGGGUUUACCGGCUGGUCAUGCGUCGUACCCCCAUCUACGCCACGUUUGUCGUCGUCGGAGCUUUCGCCGCCGAACGGGGAGUGGAUUAUGGGGUUAAGAAACUAUGGGACCAAAACAAUAUCGGGAAACGUUACGAGGAUAUCCCAGUUUUGGGACAAAGGCAAUCCGAAGAAUGAGCAUAGGAAAUGCUCGUCUCAUCACUUUUUCAGACCGCAAAAUGAAUAGCUCAUAUUGAUCUACUAAUAAUUUGUACUUCAAUGAGACUAGGCAAAUCGAAAUUGAGAUUGUUUUGAACUUUUUUGGACACCAUCUAGUUACCUUCUUUGGUUUUUGAACAUUUUCCAUGAGAACCUGAAGUUUAUAUUAUUGGCUCGCUCCGAGUGUUGAUCGUGACCUUGGUUUUUGAAAUUGAGCUUGAAUCACCUUCCUUUUUGAAUUUCAGCUGAAAGGAACAUGUGUAACUAUGAAAAAAAAGUAUAAAAGGUUUAAUUUUUUGUUUCUUCCAUCUUAAAAUAAUAUUCUACCAGCAGAAGAGAAACCAGAGAUAGACAAGCGUGUCUCGUGCAUUAUUGGCUUAAGAGUAUUUUUUAUUUGGAUUGGUGUCCCUCGAGGGACUUCAAUCAACUUCACAAAAUUGCCAAUAUGAUGGAUGCAUCUCGUUCUUUUGGUGUGUGCUUGAUGCAGAUUACCCAAUAAAGAACAUGUAUAUCCCUUUUAAAUCACAACAAUAUCAAAGACAAUGUCAACUGCAUGGUGCCCUUUUUUUAAAAAUCUUUCUACCAUUUAGUUUCUUAUUUUGUUGGUGAACUCAAUCAUACAUAUUCAAGUUGUUAACUUUUCUCC